AUGGCCAGCGGCGAGCCGAGGGCCAAGCAGCCGCGGGCCGCGGUAAAGCCGCCGUACGGUUUCUGGGCCGGCGGCUGGGCGUUCGUCUCGUCCCCAGCGCCCGGCUGGCAGGCCGGCCUGCGCGACCCUGGCUGGUGGCCAGAGCGCCGACACGGCGAGCUGCAGCUCGGCAUCCCAAACCGAUUGCACGGCAGUGAUCACUUGCCGAUUGUGUGCACAUUGAUGCUGCAGGGCGAACCGUCAACGGUGGAACCUGUGGUCGUCGAUGCUGACAGUGAGCCUGAUGACCAAGGAGAACGUGAGAGCCGCAGUGCCGAUUAG